AUGUCCGCGUCCAAUGACAGAUCCAACGACGGACUUUCGGGGCCAGCGUCCAGUGGCAAGCGUUCGCGCGACGUUGGCGAUGCGGCGGAUGACGCAAUAGACGCGCGUGAUUUCAAACGCGCGGCUCUACUCAGCCAAACAGAAUUGCGGACAAAAAUAAAGAGUCUGCGAGACAAGGUCGAUUUGAAGUUUCAAGAAGAGCGACGAAGAUUCCUCCAGCAAAUUUCUCCUUUGACGGACGAUUGGACGGGCGAUUAUCAGGAUCUACGAGACAUUUUUCCAAAAGAAGAUAUCGAGUGUCUACUAUCGGAGUCCACGAGUGUCUGGGCCGAACGCGACGAGUCCGCGCGAAGAUUCGUCAGGCUAGUGACUCGCGUCGGCUACAGGGACGAGUCCGGUAACACACCGCUGCACUGGGCUCUGAGUCAAGGUCGCCGAUACUUGGCCCAAGUACUGCUGAAGCACGGCGCCGAUCCGAACGCGGCCAACUGGAAGGGCUCGAGCCCGCUGCACUUCGCGAGCAAGGUAAAGCGCGACGCCGCCACCGACUUGGCCCGGACGUUGUUCGAGCACACCGAUCGCGACAGAUAUCCGCGGGGCUUGCUGGUCAGCGCCCAGGACGGAUUCGGCUGCACGCCGCUGCACUUCGCCGUGAACGCCAGAAACCGGAAACUGUCCGAGCUGCUGCUGCGGAGAGGCGCGGAUCCCAAUCUGCCGAACAUGAACGGAUUGACGCCUCUGCACAUCGUGUGCGAUGAGCGCGACGAUUAUUACUUCGUGAAGGCAUUUUUCGAGACCUGCGACGCAAUUUCGAGGACGGUGGAGGUCAGCCGCCGAGACAAGGACGGCAACACGGCCUUGCACAUCGCCGCGUCGCACAGCUCCGACGAUAUCGUCGAAUUGCUGCUGAAAAGAAAUGCCCAUCCGAAUUGGGCCAACAACGCGGGAUCGACUCCGCUGCACAAUAUUUGCACGAGAUACGAUCGCGAUCGUCGUCGUAGCUUGGUGAAACUGUUCUUCGGGAUCAACGACGAAAAAAAACAAGCGGUACGAGUCAACAUGCAGAACAAGUCGGGCUGGUCGCCGCUGCACUAUGCUCUGUUUCACGGAGACAGGCAGGUGGCCGAAUUGCUGCUGAGGAGAGGUGCCGAUCCGAACUUGGCCAACGCCGACGGAUCGACUCCUCUGCACAUGAUUAGCAAGACGAGCGACGAGCAGCCCGGCUUGGCGGAACUAUUCUUCAAGAUCUGCGACAAAAAACGGCGGCUGGUAAAGGUCGACGCUCGGGACAAGAAGGGCCGGACGCCACUUCAACGGGCCGUGGCGAAUAUCAAGCCGGACGUGGUCGAUGUGCUUCUACGUCGCGGUGCCGAUCUGUCCAGCUUCGUUUUUCCUACGAAGAGUUACUUCGGCAAGACGUUCGAACUGUGUACUCCGGGAGAUAAUUUUGGAUUGAGACUGGCAUCUGGCGCUCUGAUGGUUGCCGAACUUCUCGAGAAAAAAGGAUACGAAUUGGACCGAAGCGACGCUCUGACGAUCAUGAAAUUUUUUAUCAAACAAAAAGUGUUCGCCGAGUCGAUGGAUCUGAUUGAAAAAUCUUGGCAUCGCAAUGAUUAUUUCGUAAAAACGACCAAAGAGAAAAUGGUUACUCCGAGUCUGUCGUUCUACGACUUGAUACAGCUACGACCCGACGAGGCGUCGAAAUUACUCACAUCUGCGCACUACUACGAGCUAGCGGAAUCGAGCAUAUGGUCGAUUUUGUCCGAAAAUCAAUCCAAGGCUUGUGCUUUGUAUGUGAGCGAGCUGUUGUCGAGGAGAUUUUUCCGGAGCUGGGCAACGGAUCCUUUCUGGCAAUUGAUACAUUAUCGACUGCCGGUUCUCUGCUGUGAUCUAAUCCUCGAUACGCUAAUGAACCAAGAUUUAUGUAAUAUUUGCUUGGCUAUCACAAUCUAA